CCGCCAUUGGCUGCGGGCGGGGCGGAAGGGCGCGUUCCCCAGGAGACGGCGCGAGGGGAGGGGGCGCCGCGCCGGCCGUGAGGGGCGCACUUUGUCCAAAAAGAAGAAAUAACUACUAAGAGCAGCAACAUACAGAUUAUCUCUUCCAGUCUGGUUAGGCAGGAACGAUGGAGACUGCUGAUGGAGAAAACUUGGGUGUAGCCACCUCCACCCCCUCUAAUGAGGAGUUUGAUAUAGUUGUUGGCUAUCUGGAAGAUAUCAUCAUGGAUGACGAUUUCCAGUUAAUACAGAGGUCUUUUCUGGAGAAGCACUACCAGGAGUUUGAUGACUCAGAAGAAAAUAAGCUCAUCUAUACUGACAUUUUUAAUGAAUAUAUCUCUUUAGUAGAGAAAUACAUUGAAGAGAAGUUGCUUGAUCGCAUUCGUGGGUUUGACAUGGUCGCUUUCACGGUGUCCUUGCAGCAACGCAAAGAUGAAAUGCCAGGUGAUAUAUUUGAUCUGCUUCUCACAUUUACGGACUUCCUGGCUUUCAAAGAGAUGUUCUUGGAAUACAGAGCUGAAAAAGAAGGUCGAAGUCUGGACUUAAGCAGUGCGUUAGUGGUGACUUCAUUAAACCAUUAAACAAGUCAUUCUGAAGGGAGUUCUGUUGUAUUUUAAGCAAGGUCUAUUCUAGUCUCAGAGGUGGAAGGCAGUGAUUCCCAAGAGAGAUUCCCAAGAGACGGCUGGAGGGGGCUCAGCUCUGCCCUGAGAGCAGUGGGCACGUGGUGGGGAGCGCCAGGACCAAGGGGCCCUUAUCCAGAGGGGGUCAAAUCAGAGCUUUCUGGGAGUUUUAUACCCUUUUACAAGGUGGAUGGAAGAGACUGAGAGAGGUAGCCUUCCCUUCCCAGCUCUGCCCAAACUCCUCCUAACGUGUCUGCCAGGACACAUUUGAAGCCAGGCAGUUUGGGGCAGUGCCCAGCUGUUGCUGCUGCUGGCAGCCUUUUGCAGUCUGAUAUAAAGUGCCUGAGUUGCAGCUCAAGCUCAUUGUUCUUUGUCCUGUUUCAGCUGAACACGGGGAACAGUUUAUUCUUUCUUUGCAGCAUCACUGCUUCACAGGAGAUCAUCUCGUUCCAAGCCCCUGCCGUGGGCAGGGACACCUUCCACUGGACCAGGUCGCCCAAACCCAUCCAGCCUGGCCUUAGGCAGGAAAAGGUGUGAAAUUUUCAGGGCCAUGGUUUUAACUGAGAAGUCAGGGGGUGCAGGGAAGUAGUUGACAAGAUGCCAAGGCAGAAUUCCUGUUGAUUGGCCAUUGCCUGCUUUGUAAGAACAGCACACAAUCUUUUUGGUCCCAUCCUUCCCAGAGGGAUGUAGAUUCUGCAUCCUCAGUUGCCUGGUGAUGUAGUUGAAAUUGGAAAAAUGCUCUGUACACUUGGAAUGUGUCAGGGUUUGGAAAGCUGAGACUGGUGUCUUUUAGCACUGUGUAAGUAAACUUCCUAUUUAGACCUGUUGAUUUUGGUAGUGACCCACCAUGUUCAUUUUUAUUAAUUUAAUUUUUUUACUAAUUUUCUUACUGUUCCUGAUUUUUAUAUAUAUCUCUCUAUAUUCACAGUUGUGGAAACCUGACCCGUGAUUUACUCACUGACAACCAAAUAAAGGCAGAUCUGUCAGGGGCCAA